GAGAGACAGGUAGGGACAGAGACAGGUAAAGACAGAGAGGGGACACACCGGGACAGACAGACUGACAGACCGACAGACAGACAGACUGAAAGACAGACAGACAGGCUUUCCUGCGCUGCUGCAGAGAGGCUCGCGCCGCUCGGUCCGGUUGUCGUCAUGGGAACGGUGCUGUCUCUGUCUCCGGGCUCGAGGAAAGCUGCGGCUCGAGGGCCGCAGAAGCUGGCGGAGCUCGCGGUGCAGAAGCCACCGGAGCCCCAGGAGGAGGAUGAGGAGGAGCAGGACGGGAAGAAGAAGAAGAAGAAGAAGCGGCACCCGGUGCUGCUGCACGCCCUCAGCUGGAAGAAACGCCUCGUGGCUGCACGAGCAAAGAGGAAGGGCGGGAAGAAGGUGAAACCCGCGGCGUCCGAGCCCGUGCACGUGCAGCGGGAGCAGGCGGCCACCGACAGCCGCCACAGAGCUCUGAAGCUCGGGCACCGACACGGACCCAUCCCGGUACCGGUACCCACCGUCCCGGAACAGAACCAGACCCAAGGCAGGCCGGACCUGAUCAUCUCACCACGGAGGGUGGUGGUGCAGGCGUCUACAGGUGAGCUCCUUCGAUGUCUUUCUGACUUUCUGUGUCAUCGUUGUGUGAAACUGAAGGAGCUGUCGUCCAAUCAGAUCGUCCUAUGGUUCAGGAAUGUUGACAGAGCACUGCUGGUUCAAGGUUGGCAGGACCAGUGCUUCAUCAGUCCUGCCAGCCUGGUCUUCGUGUACCUGCUGUGCAGGGAGGCGGUGGAUGAAGACACGUCUUCAGAGCAGGAGCUUCACGCCACCUUUCUCACCUGUCUGUACCUGGGCUACUCCUACCUGGGCAACGAGAUCUCGUACCCGCUGAAACCUUUCCUAGUGGAGUCCAGCCGUGAUGCAUUCUGGGAUCGAGCGCUGGAGCUCAUCGAGCGUCUGAGCGCCGACAUGCUGCGGAUCAACGCCGACCCGCACUUCUUCACCGAGGUGUUUCAGGACCUGAAGAACCAGGGAGGAGCGAGGCAGAGAGAGAAAGAGAAAGAGGGGGAGAAAGAGAGGCAAAGGGUGGAGGAGGAGAGACAGAAAUCAAAAGAGAAGAAGGAAAGAGAGAAAGAGGAGGAGAAGGAGAAUGAGGGAGGAAACAAAGUUGAUGAUGUGGAUCGUUAAGAAAACAAAAGAGAGAGAGGAGACGGCAGUAUUUGUUAAUCAGACUCACCCAGCAGCAGACGACCGCUGAGGUCUGAAUGUAAUCCACGGCAGCCGACAUACAGUCGGACAUCUGAUGAGCAGUCAGCUCGAUCGUGACCUUUGACCUCCUACUGAAGAGAGACUGAAACGUGGACACUAGCUCACUUUAACUGCAUGCCGUCAAUCAAAACCAACAGUAUCUUCUGAUUGUACCAUUGUGGAUGUAGAUGGCAACCUUGCAUAUGAUCUCCUAUGAAGGACGAAAAAUUAUUAAAGUAGAAAUAAAUAUAUAUAAAAAAUAAAUAAAAAUAUAUAUAAAUAAAUGCCAAAAAA